CAAAUGUCGGAGCUCAGUGCUACAAAAGGCGGCGCCACCAUGUGACGGUGGUCCUCCGCCACCAGUGAACCGUCACUGUACGAACCGCACGCAAAUACACAGCAACCAAUCAGUACAUAAAUUGAAGAUCCCACCAACAAUCAUCACCCUCUUAAACCAUACUCAAAACAGAGCUUUUAUACAUUGCACCGUACUGCGCUUUUUUCUUUACUGUUUCAUUUCCUUUUUCUACUUUUUUCCUCUCAAUCAUUCCUCUCUCUCUCUCUCACACGCACACGCACAGUUUGCUUUUCAGCUUUCAUCAGUGGCGUACGUUUUACGUUUGAAAUUGUGCCGUUGUUUGAGCUGCGCAAUGGAUUAAUUUUUUUUUUUUUUGGUUAAUUUUUAUUUGACUUUCGGUUUCUCAAGGAGGAGUUAUAGAAAUUGGGAGAUGGUGGGUAACGGAUUGAUUACGCAGUCCGUUUGUGAAUUCGAGGACCUGGAGCUGGAGUCGCGCCGUUUUGACGACGGUUACAGCCUGAGCGCUGACGUCAGCGAGUCGGAGAGCUCCACAUCGAGCGGCGCCACCUUUUCCUCCGGCCGCCGGCUGGCGUCGCCUCCGUUGCAUAUACUUUCCCGCUCCGAUAGCUUGCUGCCGGUUGUGGGUGGCAGGCACGUCGUCUUCCCAGGGGAAAAGGCGGAUCGAGAUGAACCUGAGCCGUCUGAGUUGACCGAAGCUGAAAUGAUGAAGGAACGAUUUUCGAAAUUGUUGCUGGGAGAAGACAUGUCCGGUGGAGGCCAGGGAGUGAGCACUGCUCUAGCAAUUUCAAACGCAAUCACUAAUCUCGCAGCUAGUGUCUUUGGAGACAUCUGGAAGCUGGAACCAUUAUCUCCACAGAAAAAAUCCAUGUGGCAGCGUGAGAUGGAGUGGCUCCUCUGCGUUAGCGACUCCAUAGUCGAACUCGUCCCGUCUGUGCAGGAAGUUCCAGGUGGCGCCAGCUUCGAGAUAAUGGUGACUCGGCAGAGAUCUGACCUGUACUCAAACCUCCCGGCUCUCAAGAAACUCGACGGGAUGCUGAUGAGCAUCUUAGAUGGGUUCAAAGAUGCCGAGUUUCACUAUGUUGGCCGAGGUCUGAUUGUUGAGGCGCGUCCUUCUUCGGAACUCGAGGAGAAGUGGUGGCUGCCUUUCCCGAAGGUUCCUGCAAAGGGAUUGUCGGAGGAGAUGAGAAAGAGGCUGGGGAAAUGCAGGGAGUGCACGCAGCAGAUUUUCAAGGCGGCCGUGGCCAUCAACAAUGGCGUGCUAUCGGAGAUGGAGGUGCCGCAGGUUUACUUGGACAACUUGCCUAAGAAUGAGAAAGCUUGUUUAGGUGAAAUCCUCCAUCAUUACCUAACCGCCGAUCAGUUCUCCCCCGAUUGUCUUCUCGAUUACCUGGACCUUUCGUCAGAACACAGUACCUUGGAGAUAGCAAAUAGGAUCGAAAGCGCCCUACACUUCUGGAGAUCGAAAUUUCGAAAGAAGAAACCAACUCAUACGAGGUCAGCUUCGUUUUGGGAAGCCACCAUGAAGGGCUUCAUUUGUGAUUCUGAAAAGAGUAAACUCUUUGCACACAGAGCAGAAACCAUCCUGAAGAACUUAAAACUGCACUUUCCCGGUCUCCCUCAAACCACUCUAGACAUGAACAAGAUUCAGUAUAACAAGGAUGUGGGGCAGUCGAUCCUCGAGAGCUACUCAAGGGUACUCGAGAGCUUAGCUUUCAACUUAACGUCAAGAAUCGACGAUCUUCUAUACGUUGACGAUGCCACCAAAAAACGAGCAAUGGCAGAGUCCAUCUCAUCCUUGCUCGUAAAUAACCAAAUAAGGAGAUCAAUAACGGGCAAGCUGUAUUAUCCUGGCUCGCCAUCUAGCCAGAGUUCACACUCUUCUUCAUCACCAACAGGCUCUCCUUUCCGUUGUUUGGUCCCAGUGAGCCAACGGCCCAAGAGGCUACGCCGUUCGGUGAGCCAGUUUGCCUCUCGGGACCAACUUGAUGUAGAACUACAAAAUCUUGCAUUGAGAUGAUUUUAGGGAAAAUAAAACUACAUUAUUAGAUAUGAGGUUUGCAGUAUUAUGUUUAUGUACAGACUGUAGAGAAAGUUAUGGGUGAUGGGUCCAUGGUUGAGUUAGGUUUUUGUUAACAGUUUUAUGUCUUAGGAACCCUCCACUAAUCUAAUCCAUCUUCGUUUGGUUGACAGUGAUGGGAUUGGAAUAAAUCAUUCCUUGGUUGGGUUUGACUGUAUGGACUAUGUUAUAGUAUCAAGGUUGACAAAUGGUUGGUAAUAUCUGGAUAGCUCAUGCAAUCCUAUUGCAUCCUCUAAAGCAAACGAGGGUUUAUGGUAUAAGGUGUUAUAAGCUUGAGAGUUCUCUCUUACAAGUUCCCUUCUUUUUAAUCUUUCGCUUUGAAGAGCUGCAUUUUCACUUUAUUUACUGCUAUUCGAUGCAUUUGGUUCCUAU